AAACUUUUCCAAAAUUGAAAGUUGAAAGAAAGGGUGGAAAUCUAGAGAUGCUUGAAUUGAAGACCUGGCCGUGUCUCAAUUCUGAAUGCGCAUGGAUUAUUGGAUUUACCAUGGAAGAAGACAAACUUACCGCGCUCCUUGACAGCUCCGGUCCGCCACCCGCCACCGCCACUGCCAUCGCGGGCGACGACGCUGAUAAGCCCCACAACCCCCGGACCGACACUGGCCGGAGAAUGAUAUGCAACAGAGGGUGCGAGAGGCCAAUCAACGUGUGCCUCUGCGACAGCAUCCCAAGCGAGCCCAUCGCGACCAGCAGCACCCAAGUCGUGGUACUACACCACCCCCAUGAGCGGCGCCACAAGCUCGCCACCGUCCCUGUCCUCGCCAAGUGCCUCCGCAGCUGCCAUAUUGUAGUGGGCCGCCGACUCCGCCUCGGCGACUCGCCCCUCCUCGAUUCGCUCUACAAUGCUGCUCUUGAAAACCCUAACCGCCCGUUUCGCGCCCUGUAUUUGUUCCCUGGUACAGAUUCAUUGCCUGCAACUGAAAUUAGCAAGUGGCAAUCUUCAGUGAAUGACUCUAGUGUUAAAGAUAAUGUUUUGAUUGCUUUUGAUGGGACUUGGAAGCACGCUAAAGAGAUGGUACAUGCAAGUUUUCCUUUUUUAUCAAAGUUUGCUAUUCGGGUUUGUUUGGAUUAUGAUGUUGGGAUAGAUGGUGGUACGAUCUUUGAAUCAGAUUUGAUUCUUCGGAAGGAACCCUUUAGCGGGUGCAUGAGUACAAUGGAGGCAGUUGCAAGGGCGUUGCGCGUACUUGAGCCGAACGGGAUCAAGAUAGAGGAUAAGUUGGUUAAGGUUCUAAGAACUAUGGUUAAGUUUCAAGCUUGCUAUUUGAAGCCUAUGAAGCCAAGGCCCAAGUUGUUGAAGAGAGGCAAGGAGAAUGAGAAGACAAAUAAGGAAACUGUGGUAUGCAGUUAAGUUAGUUCAAGCUUCCUUUGUAACUUUUUUUUUUUUCUUCUCCCGUCCCCUCUUCCUUAACUGCUAUUAACAAGGCCCGACAAACGAAUGACAAAUGGGUUUGAUCUGAAAAAUGGUGGGUUGAGUGAGUGAAUGAGCAUGUGCAUGUGCCUAGAGGCGAAAUUAAUUACAACACAAUUUGUUCGGGUUGUUAACUCAGCAUCAUCUAUGACUGCUGUGGAAAGAAACAUUAAACAAAAACAUUUGACUACCUUUUUAGCUACAAUUUAGGGGAAAAUAUUCAUGGUUGUUACAGUGAUACCACAUAUCAUUUUGAU